GUGCUUCGCGCCGCCGAGCAAGCCCAUCUCUGGUCUGAACUGGUCUUCCUCUACGACCGCUAUGAAGAAUACGACAAUGCCAUUUUGACCAUGAUGAAUCAUCCCACCGAGGCCUGGCGCGAGAACCACUUUAAGGAUAUCAUCACCAAGGUUGCGAAUGUCGAGCUCUUCUACAAGGCCAUCCAAUUUUAUCUGACUUACAAGCCUCUUCUACUGAAUGAUUUGCUCACCGUCCUCGUCCCACGACUGGACCAUACACGUACUGUGAACUUCUUCCUCAAGGUCAACCACAUUGCUUUUGUAAAGCCCUAUCUCACACUGGUGCAGCAGAGCGGAGCCAACAUCAAGGCUGUCAAUGAAGCGCUGAAUAAUCUGCUGAUUGAUGAAGAAGACUACCAGGCCCUACGACAAUCCAUUGAGGCGCACACUAACUUCGACAACAUUGCCCUCGCCCAGACCCUGGAGAAGCACGAGCUGACAGAAUUUCGACGCCUCUCAGCACUCCUCUACAAGGGCAAUAACCGUUGGACUCAGAGUAUCGAGCUUUGUAAACGUGAUAAACUCUACAGGGAUGCAAUGCAAUAUGCCGCAGACUCCAACGACCCCGAGACCGCCGAAGACCUGCUCCGUUGGUUUCUCUCGGAGAAUCUGUCUGACUGCUUUGCUGCCUGUCUCUACCAAUGUUAUGAUCUCCUGCGGCCUGAUGUAGUUCUUGAGCUGGCCUGGCGCAACGGUCUGGUCGAUAUGGCUAUGCCCUUCCUCAUUCAGUAUAUGCGUGAACUCUCGACGAAGGUGAGUUUCCUGUAA